AUGUUGGAAAAGCAUGUAGCUUCCACGCCUUCCGUUGCUUUUCUACAUCAACUACAGCAGCAUGUGGCCAAUCAGCCAGCGCUUGAGCAGAUUACAGAGAGAAUGGAUUCUAUCAAUCUUCAUACUACUCUUUCAGCUUCUCCCAACAGGAAGUAUAUUGAGGAGGCACUUAUUGUCGGACAAGAUUCUGCAUCAACCAGAAUGAUGGAGCUCAUUCAUUCACAACAGCACAAGAACGUGUCUCGUUUCGGCCUUGUUGGGAAAGGCGGGGCCGGUAAGACUCUACUACUUAAACGACUCUUCAACAGUCACCAGGUACAGACUCUCUUUUGCAAUGACUUGAUACUUUGGCUUACUGUUUCACAAACUCCAUCUUUCAAUGCUCUGCGAAAUGCUCUUUUCAAACAAAUAGCUCUUAAAGUAAACGAAAGACUGGACAGUACAGAGGAAGACAAUGUGAAAACUUGGUUGAAUCAAAGCAUGAGAAAACACAAGUUUGCUCUGUUUUUAGAUGAUGUUUGGGAAACAAGCGCAACAUCACUGUUAGAGGAGCUGUGUGUUCCUCUCUCGCCACUCCACAACUCCAACAUCAUCAUUGCCACUUCCAGAAGUAAGACCGUGCUCUCGCAGUUGGGUGUUCCAGCUCCAUCAAUCAUCCAAAUGCAAGACUUGACUGAGGAUGACAGCUGGAGAUUGUUUUCAGCCCAUGCUUUUCCACACGGCGAUGGAGUUUUGCCAGUGAGCAUUGAUCAAGAAAUAGCGAGGCGCGUUUGCAACGAGUGCGGAGGGCUUCCAUUAGCCAUCAAAGUAGUCGGGCAGGCAAUGGCAGGCUUCUCUCAGUCAAAUGAAUGGGAAUUCGCACUCCAGAGGUUGCAGAAAGAUGUUACACACUCGCUUUCAAGCAGGUUGAGAUUAAGCUACGACGCUUUGUCCAACUUACCAGGCUAUGGCAUUUCCUUGCAGUUGUGCUUCGUCUGCCUCGCUGCUUUCUCAGAAGACGAAGUCAUCCAUACUGGAAUUGCUGUUGGGUACUGGAUGGGAGAAGGGCUGGUGGCCGGACCGGAUCCUCUACAAAUUGGAGAGAUAUACGUCAAUUUGUUAGCGGACCGAUGCCUUAUUGAACCAAUCCUGAAGAAUCAAGACGGAAAGGUGAUCAAUUUCAGGGUGCACGAUGUAUUACACCAUUUUUUAGCACACCAAAUUGCUGAAAAGGAAGAAAAUUGCUUCUUUCAAGCAGGCAAAGGCUUAGUAGAGUUUCCCGGUGAUGACUGUGAGGGACACAUAAGAAUUUCUUUAAGGGACAACAGUUUGACUAAAGUUCCAAAGGCUUUCGGAGCUCCCUAUAUCCGCUCCUUGCUACUCACUGGUAAUACUUCUUUGACAGAAAUUCCAAAGGAAGUAAUUCGUAGCAUGACCGCUCUCAGGGUCCUAGAUUUGUCACGGACUGCAAUCCAAUCUUUGCCAAGAAACAUGGGAAGUUUGAAGCAUUUAGUGUGCCUGUCAUUGUGCUGUGUGUAA